GCGUCCAGUACUGCUCUACAGUCCCCCUGGUGGCCUGAUGCGACACUGCAGCAAUGCGUCGGUCGUAUCCGGGAUCCUGGCGAGAUGGUCAUGGCGGAGGGAACUGCAGUUCUGAGGAGGAAUCGGCCAGGAACUAAGGCCCAGGACUUCUAUAACUGGCCCGAUGAAUCGUUCGAGGAGAUGGACAGCACGCUGGCGGUGCAGCAGUACAUCCAGCAGAACAUCCGCUCGGACUGCUCCAACAUCGAUAAGAUCCUGGAGCCCCCCGAGGGUCAGGACGAGGGCGUGUGGAAGUACGAGCACCUCAGACAGUUCUGCCUGGAGCUGAACGGCCUUGCAGUCAAACUACAGGUGAGUUUAACACCUGUUGUGUGCUGUGCUUUAACACCUGCUGUGCUUUAACACCUGUUGUGUGCUUUGCUGUGCCUGCAGUGUCCAGCCAUCGACUACACCAGGCACACGCUGGACGGAGCAGCCUGUCUCCUCAACAGCAACAAGUAUUUCCCCAGCCGAGUGAGCAUUAAGGAGUCGUCCGUGGCCAAACUAGGCUCUGUGUGCCGGAGAAUCUACAGGAUAUUCUCCCACGCGUACUUCCACCACCGCCAAAUAUUCGACAAGUACGAGAAUGAGACCUUCCUGUGUCACAGGUUCACGAGGUUUGUGAUGAAGUAUAACCUGAUGUCCAAGGACAACCUGAUCGUGCCCAUCCUGGAGGAGGAGGUGCAGAGCGCGGGGGGGGGGAGAGAGCGAGGCCUGAGGCUCCGCCCGCUUAUCAGAGGCCCCGCCCCCACCCCUGUUCACCUGAGGCCACACCCCUGUUCACCCGAGGCCCCGCCUCCAUCACACAAGGCCCCCGCCCCCUAACACAAGGCCCCGCCCCCCACCUCACCCAGCAGACACUACACCACAGCCCGCAAGAGCAGGAAGCUCUGGUAACGUUAGGGAAACGCUCUGGUAACGUUAGGGAAACGCUCUGGUAACGUUAGGGAAACGCUCUAGUUACGUUAGGGAAACGCUCUGGUAACGUUAGGGAAACGCUCUGGUUACGUUAAGGAAACGCUCUGGUUACGUUAAGGAAAUGCUGUGGGGGCCAGGGGGCACCCACACACACACACACACACACACACACACACUCACUCUCUCGACACAGAGAUGCACUCACACAUACAUGUACAAAUAGGCACACACGCAUACACAUUUAUGUGGUCCUUAUGUAUAUUAUAUAUAUCUAUAUUACCCCCCCCAUGCCCUCUGUAGCCUGGUCUACUCACUCUGGGCAGGGCUGCCCAACCCUGUUCCUGGGGAUCUACUGUCCUGUAGGUUUUUACCUGAAUCCCCGAUUCCACCAAUUAGCAGCUCGACAAGAUCUCUAGCUGUUGAAUGAGGUGUGGGCUGUGUCAGGGUUGGUGUGAAAACCUACAGGACAGGAGGCCUCCAGGAGCAGGACUGGGCAGCUCUGAUUUUGGGCUUCUGGUUUCUGCUCCGGCUGUUUCUCUCGCUCUCUCUCAUCUCAUUGGUUAAGUUAUUGUGUGGGCGGAGCCUCUCAUGGCCCACUUUUAUAUUUUAAUUUUUUUAAUGAACUAACGUUUGUUGUUAUUUUCAUUGUAUCUGUUAAUUAAAAUUAAUGUUACCCA